AUGUCUGCCGCAGCACCUCCACAGGCGCUGCCGCCCGCUAACGAGGAUAUUCCUAUGACCGGCACCGCGGAUGCGGAAGAGUCGCAGCGUGCUAACGACAGUGGAACUAACGAAAAUGAGGAAAUACAAUCUUACACUCCAGACGAGAAGAAAAAAGAAGUCUUGAGGAUUCUGCGCUGGCCCAAAUUCGCUCUCUAUGAGAUCCUUGACGUUUCAGAGACGGCAACGACGGAGGACAUCAAGAAAGCCUGGUACAAAAAGUCGCUCCUGACCCAUACCGAUCAGAACAGUGACAACGAUGCGAAAGACGUCUUCCAAAGGGUCACUAAUGCGAAAGAGAUUCUGGUGGAUCAGGCCAAGCGCGAGAAUUAUAACAAAGAGAGAGCCGAGCACAUACGUCGGGGCGAACUCGUUCAAAACGAUCUUGGUGAGGACUUCGCUGGAAAUGCGUUCGAUGGGGAUGAUAGCGAAGGCGAUGACGAUGAAGAUGACGAGCCUCAGCCCAUGAGCGAGGCAAAGAAGAAAACACUCGACAGUAUGGGACCUUUGGUCGAGCGAGUACUUAUGUCUGGCGACGAAGAAGCGUACAAAGAACUCGAGAAGCUGAUGAAAGAGAUGCAGAAGCUGAACAAAAAGGAAAACAAAGACCGUAACAGGAACGGACAGCCGCCAGUUCCAGUCUCCGAUCGCACCCCUCCACUACAGGCGAUUAGCAACGCUGGCGAGCAUCUACGCAUCCAGCUAGCAAUUCUAAACGACCCUAACCAGGACACGAACGUGAGAGAGAACGCGAAGCGUGAAUACGAAAGUAAAAAGGCGGGGUUGAAAGAUUUGCUGGAAGUGCUGCUUCUUCCUCCCUGGGCCAAUAGUUUACCAAACCCGACUGCUCCAUCUGCGGCGUCUCAGCGGUCCGGCGCUGGAAACGGACAGACUGGCAAUCCGCAAACAUCCGCAGACAGGUCCACCGAUCAGCCAUCAUCCGAUGCAAUGGACACCACCUAUCCUUGGACCCCCGGCCAGACGAAAAAAGGCAAAAAGAUUUUAGCGUACAGCCCGAGAACAGCAACCGGUCGUUCGUUAAUUACCGGCCAACCCGAACAAAUCUGUACCGGCGCGUUUUUCGUGAUUCAAGUGGAAGAAGCCAAUCCGAUUAAGAUUCUCAAGGAUUAUGAGGUAGGGUACGAAGCUGCAGCAGCCUACAUUGGGCUUCCUGAAGACCGGAAGUGCAACAUUACGGGUAUUCAGAAGCAGUAUACCCGAAUGCAUGGUUACGCCACGAUCAUAAUCAAAGGGGUCGCACACAAUCCUCAUGAAAUAACAUACCAAAAACUUCCUACGGGAGUAUUAUGGAUCGAAUACAACGGGGAAAAUCGUAUGAUAAACCGCCAGGCAUUUCGGAAUAUGCUGGGGGCACGACGUGCGGAUUAUUUGGUCGACGAAUUCCUCGUCGGCGUUAACGAAGAUCCGAAAACUCUCAAGAAAGGACUUGCUCUAGAACAAGCCAACAACCCAAUGCUGCUUGAGCAACACGGCUCACGUGAGCCAAACAAUGCGCAUUUCCGCAAUGGAAACAAUCGCCGAGGUCGUUUCGGACAGACCAGCACGCCUCUGCGAGAGCCAACACCAGUACGCACGGCCCCGCCAGCGCAGCAUCCCUCGCGCACGAGUAUCACAAACACUCUGCCUGGCACGGUACGCGAGGAACAACGCCAAACGGGCGCCGUAGCAGACCAGUCACCGGACAUUGAAGCGCGUUUGUCUAGGAUGAUGCAGGAUAUGAUGCUGGGUAUGCAGCAGAAUAUGGACCAGAAGAUGCAGACCAUGCUACAAGAAUUCGCUACAUCGAUGACACAAAAUAUGAUGUCACAGAAUUCUACACCAACUACACAGUAG